UCGAAAUCUUCGGAAGCACGAAAACAAAACCAGAAGACUCUCAUCGUUUUCAUCCCAAUUCCUUCCGGUCACCGCCUCCGCGACUCGUAGGGCCGCGGCCUCCGCCGGUUCGCCCAAUCCACCCUCGAGCUCGCACCGCCGCCGCUGCGAUGCAUAAGACGGCGCAGGCCUGGUUCACCGGCGGCCCCACCGCCUCCGCGCCCGCCGCCGGGGCUGAGUCGCAGCCGUCCCUCCUCGCCGACUGGAACUCCUACGCCGCCACCCGCUCCGAUGCCUCCUCCUCGGCCUCCCAGCUCCCCUUCGACAUCGAGGCCGCCGUCCGCACCGCCAACGACACCGUCUCCGGCACCUUUAGCUCUGUAACCAAGGGCGUGCGGGAGCUGCCGGGGAGCUUCCAGAGCGCAACGAGCAGCUUCCCCUCGGGGAAGGCGCUCAUGUACUUCGGCCUCUUCCUCGCCACCGGCAUCUUCUUCGUCUUCAUCGCCUUCACGCUCUUCCUGCCCGUCAUGGUGCUCAUGCCGCAGAAGUUCGCCAUCUGUUUCACGCUAGGCUGCGCCCUCAUCAUAGCCUCGCUCUUCGCGCUCAAGGGGCCAGCGAACCAGCUCGCCCACAUGACCUCCAAGGAGAGGCUACCAUUUACAGUGGGAUUUAUUGGAUGCAUGGUUGGCACAAUUUAUGUUUCUAUAGUGCUUCACAGCUAUUUCCUCUCCGUGAUAGUCUCGAUCCUUCAGGUUCUGGCUCUUGCAUACUACACCAUAUCCUACUUCCCUGGAGGAUCUAGUGGAUUGAAAUUCAUCUCCUCGAGUCUGCUGUUGUCGGUAACAAGUUGUUUCGGCCGGUAACCUUAGUAUGUUGAACAUUUACUUGAUUAUGCCUUGUUAUUUCUGUAAGGUUUUUGUUCGUAGUUGCUGACCAUGCACUUGAUAGAAGUAUCGUGACCCCCCCCCCCCUCGCACUCAUGCUUGUUUUUGCUGUGCUUCUGUAUCUAAAGUUAAGUGCAUAUUGGCAUGAAACUUGUGGAACCAAGAUGGUUUAGCGUAUUUUUGGAACAUGAAUUUUGGACGCCUGGACAUAGCAACAAGCAGUGCAAGACACCUGUUCGAUGGAAUGUGCCACGCAGCUCGGAGAGGUGGCGGCACGACGCUUACACAGCCCGGAGCAUCUUGGUCGGUGUGAGCUCGGGCAACGGCGGGACUGCGGAGCAUCUUGGCUCGCCGCCUGGCGCAACCAGCCCACGAAUCGUAAAUUUUGCACCUUUUCUGAUCACAUGCAUCAGCAGCAAAAAAUGUAAAUGACUGCAUGCCACAUGAUCACACAAAUUAAGUACAAGGAAUGCAAUUUGUCUUUCAUUUGGAAA